AUGUACUCCUCAAGUAAUGGCCAACCAUUAAGUACAUUACCUGAUCUCGAUGAUCAACAGACGAUUCCUCGAGAAUCACUGAAAAAAAGAACCAACGUUGCCAUCACAACCAUGAUGGAUGAUGGAUCAUCCUCUUCUUCCAAUAAAACUAGCAGUAGUCUCAAAUCAAAAAGUGGUAGAGGAAAAAAGCCAGAACAAGAAUUACUAUCUGAAGCACAGAAAAAGGCUAAUCAUAUUGCUUCUGAACAAAAGCGAAGAGCUAACAUUCGAAUGGGAUUUGAUCAACUUGUAGAUAUUAUACCUACGCUUAGUCAUUGUCAUCGUAGUGAAUCUCUGAUUUUACAAAAAUCUUAUGAUUAUAUUCAACAGUUGCAGAACACCAAAACAAAUCUUAAAGAUAGAAUUAGGGAAUUACAAUUAUUAUUGGGUGAUAUACCUGAUGAAGAUAGCUCUGAAGAAGAAGAUGAAUGUAUACUUUGA